AUGUCUGAGAUUCUACCUGUGGAUGAAUAUUCUCCCUUUUUCGCGCCCUUCUUUGGGUUUGCGGGAUGUGCCUUUGCUAUGGUUUUGUCCUGUCUCGGAGCUGCGAUAGGGACGGCGAAAUCAGGUAUCGGUAUCGCCGGUAUCGGUACCUUUAAGCCUGAGCUGAUUAUGAAGUCCUUGAUCCCUGUGGUUAUGAGUGGUAUCCUUGCUGUUUACGGGCUAGUGGUAGCGGUCUUGAUCGCCGGCGGUCUCUCGCCCACCGAAGAUUACACACUCUUCAAUGGUUUCAUGCACAUGAGCUGCGGGCUCUGUGUUGGUUUCGCAUGCCUGAGCAGUGGGUAUGCGAUUGGCAUUGUUGGUGACGUUGGAGUGAGAAAGUUUAUGCAUCAACCAAGACUUUUUGUGGGUAUCGUGCUGGUCUUGAUUUUUGCCGAAGUCCUGGGUCUAUACGGUAUGAUUAUCGCGUUGAUCCUGAACACCAGAAGCUCUGGUUAA